AUCACUCCCCCAAGUCAGAGGCGGCGAUUUGUUCUUUUCUCUUUAGCCUAUUUUGCCAGUGUUUAAAUGUUGCCAAUGUGUCGCGGACUACUGCACAAAUUCGAGAAAGUAAAAUAGUCAAACUGUAUAGGGUGAAGUUUUUGCCGUCCAAGCGGCACGGGACUGUGGGAUUUAUAGACGAAACUUAACAUAGCUGAGCCCGUUUCUGUGGGCAAGCGCUGAAACUUAUUGUAACCGCAAAAAUGAAUCGGAGUUUUAAUAAAUCGCAAUCCUCCUUACGAUUCUUGGAUUGCACCGCUGUUGAAGUAAAAAGCAAGUAUGGGGCUGAGUUCCGGCGCUUUUCCGUGGACCGCUUCAAACCGGGCAAGUUUGAGGAGUUCCUCAAGCUCAUCAUGCACAUCCACCGCAUCGCCAACAUGGAGGUGAUGAUUGGCUACGCCGACAUCCAUGGCGACCUACUGCCGAUCAACAACGACGAUAACUUCUGCAAGGCCGUGUCCACCGCACAUCCCCUGCUCCGAGUCUUCAUACAGAGACAAGAAGAGGUGGACUACGCCAACUUUGGCACCAACACGCUGACGCGCAGGAAGAAGGCAGCGGUGGUGCUCCGCAACGACGUCAACCGCAAACGGCCGCACAUACGCAUCGGCAUGCCGCAAGACUUCCGGCCCGUCUCCUCCAUCAUCGACGUGGACAUCCUGCCCGAGUCCCACCGUCGCGUCCGGCUGUACCGCCACGGCUCCGACAAGCCGCUGGGCUUCUACAUCCGCGACGGCACAAGCGUCCGGGUGACGCCACACGGGUUGGAGAAGGUUCCGGGCAUCUUCAUCUCCAGGAUGGUCCCUGGCGGCCUCGCGGAAAGCACAGGACUGCUGGCGGUGAACGAUGAGGUUCUGGAGGUGAACGGCAUUGAGGUGACCGGUAAGUCCCUAGACCAAGUGACGGACAUGAUGAUUGCCAACAGCCAUAACCUCAUUGUGACGGUCAAGCCAGUCAACCAGCGCAACAACGUCGUGCGAAGCAGCCGCAUUUCUGGCAGCUCAGGCCAGUCAUCAGACAGCGGUGGCUCCACCGGCUACCCCAGCCUGUCCACCACAAUUGCCCUGGCAAUGAACCCAGGGGCUCACCACGGCUACCCGGACGAGUUGGAGAGCGAUGAGGAAUCUGAUAUCGUCAUCGAGAGCAGCCUGAAGAGGCCGUCCCGGCGUUCUAACUCCUCAACGACUUCAGCAACAACAACACGCUCCCUGGCUCCAACUCAAGCCCUGGUGGCCCCUCCACUGGCUCCACCCCCUGUCGUCCCCCCCAGUCCCCCCACGCGCCCAGCCUCCAUGGUUUCCACGGCCUCAUUCCACUCCCAGCCAAGCCUGAAUGGGGGGACCCAUCACAGCAGUCUCAGUUUCCAGCUCCACAGAGACCUGACGCUCCAACAGCAGGCGGGAUACCAGCCCCAGCACCACAGUAGCAACCCUGCCCUACGACACAGCAAUGGCAGCCUGCAUAAAAUCCUCAGUACCAUGAGAACGGACCCACGACACAGCCUUGCACUGCCCAGAGGAGGCGUGGAAGAGGACGGCACUGUCAUUACCCUAUAAUACACACUCAGCGACACUCAAACCUCCUGGCUACCCAGAGACUGUGGAACUUUCUUUGCUGGGUGUAUGAUAAUAAACACACUUCCUCAAACUUUCUUAACUAAAUGUGUUACUUUUUAAAAUCUAAAUCCAACAACAACACGACUACGAAUACAAUAGUCAGGAAGAGAGUUCACGAGGAGAGUUCAUUUUGUAUUGUUUGUGUUUUUAAAUGUUUUCUCAGUCUUGCAUCAAAGAUUUUUUUUAUGUAAAGUACAUUCAGGCAUUUAACAAUUUUAGGCAAGUCCACUGUUGUGUAGUCUUACAUCACCCCCAACUUUUGGAAACCACUGAUUACUUUUCUUUCACUCUCCUUUUCAGGACCAACUUUAAGGUUUUGUGUAUUAAGAACAUUUUAAAUUGAAAUUCUGUUUCUGAUCAAUGCUGUGUAGAUUGUCAAAUUAUUUUCUUCAAUUUCUUAACCAUGGAUUUAUUUUUUUUAAGUUUGUAUUUUGCUCCAAUAAAUUAAGUCUUAAGGUGUUUUGCUUCAAAAAUUACACAAAAUCUAGACUUGCAGUAUGUGCAGUAUUGAUUAUGGUCAGAUGUACCAUUUUAAUCAUUAUUUCCAUCUUCACAUACAAACCUGAAUCUUAUUGUGAGCAACUCACCCAAUAAUGUUUUCCGCUGUAGGGAAAAUAUAGUUCACGCCAUCUAUAAUGUUUGCUAAUGGAUGUUUAUAUUUCGGAAGUAUUUUCCACCUGUUACAUUUUGAUGUUGCUAUGUUGACACUGACAAUUACUGGACAUUUUACCCUGCAUGCAGUGACACUUCCUGGUUAUCAGAUGCUUUAUUUUCUUAAUGUUGUCCUCCCAAAAGGGAUUCCAGUCCAUGGAAUGCAGCUUUACCCCUUGCAGCCGCACAUUCUCACCUCUCCUCUAAUGAACAUCUUAUCUCUGCUGUUUACUCAAACACUGUGACACUGUGCUUGUGAAGCAGUUAUUACUUUUGUGACAUGUAGGACCUCCUACUAGCAGAUAACACAUGGACUAGACACAGCAGGAAUCUUCUGGAUGGGUCGUUUCAGUCCUUACUUGCAUACCACAAUGUUAUAGAAAUUGGUCCUGUUGUCUAAAUAAUACGCUAUGGCUAGCUGGUAUGUAUAUUUGUCAAUAAAGUCUCUUUCAUUUA